AUGAAAGUCAGAUCGUCAACUUCCAAGGACCCUGUGGUGCCCACCCAGGAAAAUGAAGAUGAUGAAGGCGGAGAUGCCAAAUCCAACAACUGCGCCGAAUUGGAAGAGAGGACCGUGUCCGAAUACAAUAACGCCGGGUCCAAAGACGCCAAUAGCAGAGCCGAAAGCAAAGAAGACGAGAAAGAUGCACGGGUUCAGUGGUACUUUUGGAUGGAAGGCGCUACAGACACCGCAAACGCGGUUGAUAUCCGAGCCGCGAUGAUCAACGAAGUACCAGACGAAGGCAGCACCCCAUGCCACCGAAACACGAUUGAGAGGAAGGUAGCCGACCUGGGUCGAUUUCCAGACGACUUCGCAACUGCAUCUUGCCCCCUCUGCAACGUAUUCACGGCUGUGCGCACCAGGCUUGAAGUAUCGACUCAUGGUCACUCCGACUUGCCUUUCGAACUCAAUGUUGUGUCGGCUACAUACGUCAACUUUGAGACGACUGGAGAGACAGAGCAUGGGAAUAACAUCGGGCCUCUAUUGGCUGCCCGCCGGUUAAAAGACACAGCAAUUUUGGCCAUCGAUCCGAAGCCGCCGCAUGUGUAUUAUCCCGAGCAAGAAGGAAUUUCUUUGCGCCAGCACUCCGGCUCCUCGGGGUACCUGUAUCCUGUCAUCCCUGUCAAUGCAGGAAAUCGCCGUUUCUCCGGGAGGCGAAUCGCGACUGACACCAUCGACUACGACAUCGUGAAAGGUUGGUUGAAUGCUUGUCGCACAUACCACCCAACUGGAUGUGGAAACCCGAACAAAAGAUCCGCCAGAGACAUCCCGGGAUUCCGGGUAAUGAACGUCUCGACAGAGGAAAUAGUCUCUCUUCCGGAAGGCCAAGAAUACGUCGCCCUAAGCUACGUCUGGGGCACAAAGGCCCCUGAGACCGGGUUUCCGAGAGUCGUCCAGGACGCAUUCGUAGUCUGCAGGAACCUCGGCGUUGGUUACCUGUGGGUAGACAGGUAUUGCAUCGACCAAAGCGGCAACGCGCAACAGGAUCCUGAGAAGAGAAAGGAGACGCAAAACCAGCUCGCCAACAUGCACAUCAUCUACGAGGCGGCCGUGUUUGCCAUCAUCGCCUGCGCUGGGGAAGACGCCAAUUUCGGCCUGCCGGGAGUAAGCACUCGGCCGCGGCUCCGGCAGCCGUCGGUCAAAAUCGGAGAGAUGCUCUACGUAUCCUCUCUCCCGCCGCUCAGCAAUCUCCUUGAGCACGCCAAGUGGACCGAACGGGGGUGGACAUACCAAGAGGGCCUUCUCUCUACGCGGCGUCUCAUAUUCACCGAGUACCAGGUCUAUUUUGAGUGCAACUUCUCACAUUGUACGGAAGCCGUCUUUGCCCCGGAUGACAUCUUCUUCAAGUACGGCACAGCAUUCAGGUAUGGCAAGGAUGGACCGACCUGGCCGCCCAUGUAUGGCGAAGCAGCGCAAAGCGUGCGCAACUUUCCCAUGGCAAUGAGCUUGAACAAGGGGCCGACGGUCUUUGCUUUGAUCGAAGAGUACAUGACCAGGUCUCUCACUUUUAGCAGCGACAACUUGAACGGGAUGCUUGGUAUACUCAGCCGAGGGUCAACAACGACACCGCCAUUCGGACAUUUCUGGGGUCUACCGAUAUUCACAACAUUGCGCGUCUCCAGCGAGGCCAUCUUCAAUAACAAAGUGCACCAAACGGCUACCUUGGGGCUCCUCCAGGCUAUGGACUGGAGCUUCAAGCACCCUGCGAAACGCAACCCGAAGUUUCCGAGCUGGUCCUGGGCGGGAUGGAAAGGGCCACUGGAGCUCAGCUUCGAUCGGCCUCAGAAUGCCAAAAUGAAUGCGGGUGAGUUGGUUUUUCAGAGAAACCAAGAGGCUGUCCCGCCACUACCCGCCACCUUUUCCAACGUCAAAAUUGAAGUAGAGGUCAAUAACGAGGCCGGCUGUUGGCAACGGCUGCACUUCGAUGAAUUCUACGCCCACCAUGGUUCGAAGUCCACCAGCCUCGUUCCCGAGAUGCGGCAGUUUCUUUAUCUCGAGGGCCUUGCAAUGACCAUUAAAAUGUCUCACGGGCACAUUGUGUCUUCGAAGGAUCCUGCAGUUGCGACUAUUCGCGAUAUGGAUUUCGAGGACGAGGGCCACUUUUACUUUGAAGUUUUCUCGGAUGAAAAUCAGGCAAUUUUUGGCUUCUUCACGCCGACUCUAGACGAGGAGAAGGGGGUCCUUCUGGACGCCGAAUGGGAUGCCCUUAUCUUCAAGGAUGAUGGCGGAGGAGCUUUGCUCAAGGUUGAGGAGCUGGAUAAGGAGAUUGAGAUUGGCUUCGGCGAUUUGAAUGAGCAAGGUACGGACAACUUAUUACUCAUGAUGUUGCGACGGGUUGAUGGCGAGGGUGGGCAGGAUGCAUAUGAGAGGCUGGGUACCGCAAGGAUCGCGAUACCAAAGGUGAGAGAAACAUCAAAAGCGCACCUCAAGGUAAAGCGGAAGAGUUUCAGGGUGCAAUGA